AUGAAAAUACCCGCUUGGCUGUCUCUCCUUGCUGCCGGCUCAGCCAGCAUUCCUGGUGUUGUAGGAUGGGGCGUCGUAGGCCACGAAAUUGUAGCAACCAUCGCCCAAAUUCAUCUCCAUCCUGCCGUCCUUCCCAGCAUUUGUCGCAUACUCAAUUUUACGUCAACUAACCCUAACGAACCCGAAUGCCAUCUUGCGCCCAUUGCUGGUUGGGCCGAUCGUAUCCGUUAUCAGAAGCGCUGGUCCGCCUCCUUACACUAUAUUGGUGCUCUUGGAGACCAUCCUUCCGAUUCUUGCAUAUUUCCCGGUGACCGCGGUUGGGCCGGUAAGAAAGACAUAAACGUGCUUGGGAGUGUCAGGAAUACUACAGACUUGGUAGAAGAAUGGGUCCGGAAUGAGCAGGCUGGAUUUGGUGGAGACGAUGAUGUUGCGAACGAGGCCCUCAAGUUUUUGGUUCAUUUUGUUGGUGACAUGCAUAUGCCGUUGCAUUUGACUGGCAGGGAUCGUGGCGGUAACUCUGUCAAAGUAACAUUCGAUGGUCGUCAGACCAACCUUCAUUCACUUUGGGACAGUCUCCUCAUCUCCAAGUCGCUGCGCACAAUCCCUCACAACUAUACGCGGCCCCUUCCCUCUCGAACUAUUGAAUAUAAUCUCAGAGGAACUAUUUAUGACUCUUACAUCCGUCGUAUCAUGUGGGAGGGUAUCCUUGGGAAAUGGGAGGAUGAAGUCUCCAGCUGGUUGACCUGCCCCGAGUCCAAGGGUUCUUCCCACUCUAUCCCUUCUUCCCCUUCAGGUCUUGUUUCUUCCACUUGGCAACAAGCCAUUUCUCUUUGGAGUUGGAUGAGAGGUUCGGAUUGGAGCGCUGAUGAUACGGACGAUGAUACAUUGUGCCCUUACUAUUGGGCUACUCCCAUUCACGCGCUGAACUGCGAGAUCAUAUGGCCUCCUGCACUUGACAAACCUCCUUACAGCCAUACCAAGUUUGAUCAGCUCACUAGAGGACACAAGCAUGGUGCUUCUGUUGAGGAAGAACUUGCCAUGUUCGACCAGCUUGCUUCAGGAGGCUCGGGUGGUCCUUACCUGGAGCUCGAUACUCCCGAGUACGCCGGCGCCAUCUACGAUCAGUGGAUCAUUGAGAGAUUGCUUGCGCAAGGCGGGAUUAGGCUUGCAGGAAUUUUGAACUACCUCUUCGCUCCUUUGGAAGGAAAUGAAGCUGGUUUGAGCCUCAUGCAUGAUUAUUAG